GGAAAAUAUGAAGCAUCUCAUUCACAAAACAGAUGAUUUAGAAAAUUGUGCGAGAAGAGACAAUUUAGGAAUCGUUGGUCUACCAGAAGACCAUGACAAAAGAAAAAGCCUGGACAUAAUACCACAGGAAGUUAUUCAGGACUACUAUCCUGAUAUCCUAGAACAAGAGGGGAAAGUGGAGAUUGAAAGAAUCCACAGAUCACCUCCUGUAUUUAAUCCCCAACUGACAACACCCAGGAAUGUUAUAGCCAAAUUCAAAAACUAUCAGAACAAAGAAAAAAUAUUACAAGCUGCCAAGAAGAAGCCAUUCAAAUACCAUGGAAACACAGUGAGGAUAAUGCAGGAUCUGGCUGCAUCCACACUGAAGGACUGAAAGGCAUGGAAUAUGAUAUUCUGGAAAGCAAGGGAACUAGGUCUACAACCAAGAAUCAAAUACCCAUCAAAAAUGACUAUAUUCUUACAGGGGAAAGUAUGGUCAUUCAACACAAUAGACGAAUUCCAAGCAUUCAUAAAGAAAAGACCAGACCUGAACAGAAAAUUUGAUAUCCAAGCACAGAACUCAAGAGAAUCAUCAAAAGCAUCUACAAGUACACCUGGCUAUUCUCCAUUUGGAUCCAAUGAAACAGACAAAGGAUCCCAUAUUCCUGAAGCAACACCAACAUAUUCUCAAACAAGUACUGUUGUAGGUGAAUCUUCUACUUGGGGCAAAGGAGCAUACAAGACCUUUAAUGAUCAGAUCUUUUCCUUUGAAUCUUCAUGCACGUACACCUUCUGUCGUCACUGCGUUGAAUCUGGAAGCUAUUUUAACAUUGAAAUCAAACGAAAUAAUCAGAAUGAUAUUGAAAAUAUAACAAUCCUAAUUGAUGGUAAUGAUAUCUCUAUUAGUGGAAAAACAAUCCUGGUUAAUGGAAAAAGCAUAUCUGUUCCAUUUAACAACAAGAUGAUUCACAUAAAACAUUAUGGAGAUUAUACUAAGCUGGAAAGCCGUAGAGGAAUCCUGUCUUUAAUAUGGAAUGCCAAGGAUAAAUUGUCACUCACUCUUCACAAAUCAUACCCUACCUGUGGUCUCUGUGGACGACUGAGUGAUACUCCCGGAGAUAUUGACAAAAACAUUGCCAACAGUAAAAUUUCUGAUGACUGUCCCCAAUCCGCUGCUAAGCAAUAUGAAGAAUGUGAGGAUGGAAAAGAGUAUUGCAACAAGGUGAUUGGAACAUACUUUGAGAAAUGUGGAAAAAUCACUUCCUUGUCCAGUGAAUACAGACAAAUUUGCACUGAAGACUACUGCAAGAAUGGGGGAAAGAAAUAUACUUGCAACACAUUCUCUGAAUUGUCCCGCCUCUGUGCCGCAGAUGGUUCUGGUGCCUAUGAAUCAUGGAGAAAUGAUCCUGACAUAAUUUGUGAAAAACCUGUAUGUCCAGGAACACAAAUCUACAAAGAAUGUAGUCCUUCAAACCCAUCAACAUGCUCCAAUGUGGCUCCCUUCCAAAACAGUGAAUGUGUGAAUGGCUGUGUCUGCCCUGAAGGUUAUCUGCUUGAUGAUAUUGGAGAAAGCCUUACUUGUAUAUUGAAGGCCGAUUGUCCUUGUGAAUCCAACGGAAAGGUAUACAAGCCAGGAGAAGUGCGAGAAGGCCCCUGUUUUUCUAACUGUACGUGUCAAGAAGCAAAGUGGUUCUGCACAGAAACAUUAUGUCCUGGAAGAUGUAAAGUGGAAGGAAGUUCAAUUACAACCUUUGAUGGCGUUUCAUAUGAGCAUCCUGGAAACUGUCACUUUUUAGCUGUCCAUGAUAAAAACUGGUCUAUUAGCAUUGAACUUCGUCCAUGUCCAAAUGGUCAAACUGGAACAUGCUUGAAUAGUGUCGCCCUUCUUUUAAAUUCUUCUCUUUCAGCUGACAAAUAUAUAUUUAAUAAUGAUGGCAGUGUCAUGAACAACAAGAUUAAAAGGCAAGGUUAUUAUAAUUCAGAUGCAAUUCAGAUUUUUAGAGUAUCUUCCUCAUACCUGCAAGUAAAGACAUCUUUUGGAUUAAAAAUGCAAAUACAAAUUGAUCCAGUGAUGCAAUUGUAUAUUUCUUUGCCACCCAACAAAUUUACAAACACAGUGGGACUCUGUGGUUCCUACAAUAACAAAGCAGAGGACGAUUUCUUGUCAAGCCAGAACAUGUUAGAAAAGACGUCUCAGGUUUUUGCUGACUCUUGGGAAAUGAUGUCCUGUCCCAAAGGAAGACCUUCUUCAUGUAUAAGCAUAGAAAAUGAAAAGUUUGCUGAAAAGAAUUGUUUGAUUCUUACUGAUUCAAGUGGACCUUUUGCUUCUUGCCAUUCCAUUGUGGACCCGAGAUCCUACCAUGAGAAAUGCAGAACAUUCACUUGCACUUGUGAAAAUACCAAAGAUUGCUUAUGUACAACAAUAGGAAAUUAUGUAAAAGCAUGUGCUGAGAAUGGAAUAUACAUAACUGGUUGGAGAAAAGGUCAAUGUGAGCAAACUUGUCAAAAUGGCCUCAUCUUCAAGUACAAUGUACAAGCUUGCAAUAGCUCUUGUCACUCAUUAUCAGAGAGAGAUAAGAGCUGUGACAUACAAGAUGUUCCAGUCGAUGGAUGUACCUGCCCUGAUGGAAUGUAUCUUAAUAGUGAAGGAUCUUGUGUUCUGAAAACUCACUGUGAAUGUUAUAUAAAUGAUGAAAUUGUGAAACCAGGCAAAACUGCUUCCAUUGAUGGCAAUGUAUGUAUUUGCCAAGAUGGGAAUCUUCUUUGUCAGGAGCCAAUUGACAAAAUCUCACAAAAUUGUACUGGAGGAGCUGUCUAUGUGAACUGCAGUGAAUCAAAUGCACAACGAAGACAAGACAAAACAUGCAGCUCUCGGAAUAUACCUAGUUUUAAUGAGGAUAUUCCCUGCAGACGUGGAUGCUUCUGUCCUAUAGGAAUGGUUAGGGAUUCAAAAGGAAACUGUAUCUUUCCUGAUGACUGCCCAUGUUUUUUUGGUGGAAGGGAAUAUGACCAAGGAAGUACUACAACAGUUGGAUGCAAUGAAUGUACUUGUAUAAAAGGAUCUUGGAAUUGCACACAAAACAAGUGUCAAACAUCCUGCCAUAUUUAUGGGGACGGCCAUGUUAAAACCUUUGAUGGAAAGAGUUACAGCUAUGAUGGUCUCUGUCAGUAUUCCUUUGUUGAGGAUUAUUGUGGUCAAGACAAUGGUACAUUCCGAGUUUUAACUGAGAGUGUUCCAUGUUGUGAAGAUGGACUUACAUGCUCAAGAAAAAUUGUAGUUGCUCUGAAGGACCAAAACAUCGUCUUGCAUGAUGGCAAAGUCACAGUAGUCAAAAUUUCGGAAAGUAAAGGAUGUGAACUCGAUACAAAUGUAUACUCUAUGCAUACUGUUGGUCUGUACCUGAUUUUGAAAUUUGUAAAUGGAUUGAUCCUGAUUUGGGACAAAAAUACAAGAGUAUCUGCUAUAUUGGAUCCAAGCUGGAGUGGGAAAGUAUGUGGUCUGUGUGGAAAUAAUAAUGGAGAUCUCAAGGAUGAUUUCACAACAAGGCAUGCAUCUGUAGCUGUUGGAGCACUGGAAUUUGGAAAUAGUUGGAAAACAAGUCAAGAGUGUUCAGAUACAGUGGUUCAAGCUUUCCCAUGUGACUCUAACCCAUACUGUAAAGCAUGGGCUAUCAGAAAAUGUGGAAUCAUCAGAGAUAGUACCUUUAAAGAUUGCCACAACAAGGUUGAUCCUGAUGCUUACUAUACUGCCUGUUUAGAAGAAGCCUGUGCCUGUGAUAUGGAAGGGAAAUAUCUUGGGUUUUGUACUGCUGUGGCCAUGUAUGCAGAAGCUUGCAGUGCAGUUGGAGUUUGUGUCUCAUGGAGAAAGCCAGACCUUUGCCCUGUCUAUUGUGACUUUUACAACGCCCCUGGUGAAUGCAGCUGGCAUUAUGAGCCCUGUGGAACAGUGAAAGCAAAAACAUGCAAAGAUCAUCUUAUUGGUCAAAAAUUUGCUACUGUUUUGGAAGGUUGCUAUGCUAAAUGCCCUGACAGUGCCCCAUAUCUGGAUGAAAACACCAUGAAAUGUGUCAAUUUAUCAGAGUGCAGCUGCUUCUAUAAUGAUGUAAUACCAGCCGGUGGAAUCAUUGAAGAUGAAUGUGGCAGAACAUGUUUUUGCAUAGCUGGACAAUUACAGUGCAGUGAAACAACUAUGUCUCCAGUUUCGACAAGUUCAGGUAAAUGUUUCAUAUAUUUAUUUCCAAGUACUUUUCAGUUUCCUGUUAUAUAUGCUUUUCACAAGAAAAACUCAUGACUAGUGAUUUGGGUCAUUCAACAUAAGAAAAGAAUUAAGUAAAAAUGAACAGGAAAUGGGAAAGAUAAUAAAGGAUCAUUCAUUUUACACAUUUAAAAUAUACCUACCUUCCAUAUUCAAGAUUUCUAGUUUAGUUACUAUUAGAAUUCAGAAUUCUAGUUUAGAAAUGUGAACCCUAGUGGAAUGAGACAAAGAAAUGAAUUAGUUUCCAUGUAAAAACAUUCUUUUUUUUUUUUAGCCCUUACCUCCCAUUUUAGAAUCAAUACUGUGUAUUGGUUUCAAGGCAGAAGAGUGGUAAGGACUAGGCAAUGGGGGUCAAGAGACUUGCCCAGGGUUACACAACUAGGAAGUGGCUAUAGCCAGAUUUGAAUCUAGAAGCUCCCAUCUCUAAGCCUGGUUCUCAAUCCACUGAACCACUUGACUGCACCCCAUGUAAAAACAUUCUUGUACCCUUUGAUAGAAUGGAAACAAAAGUAAUUGAUUUGCAUUUCCCCCUAAACAUUUUGGGCAGAUUUUUAGUUCAUAAGAUCAUUAUAAUUAUGCCCUUUCAUACAUAAUCACCUUCAACUUAGUUGGGCAGAAUGUAGUUUUAAAUUUGAAUAAGCUCAUAUUUAAAUCAUAGGCAUUAAUAGUUCAUAAGCAAAUAAGAUUUU